AUGGAGGAGGUCUACGUCUUCGGCGAUCAGACUGCUGAUUGCCGGGCGUUCUUCACCAAGGUCUUCUCACGGAAGGACGAUGUUAUCCUACAGAGCUUCCUCGAGAGAGCUGGUGAAGCCGUCAGAGUCGAAAACCGAUCUCGCUCACAUCCUUCCAAAGCAGUCCCUAAUUUUUCUACCAUCCAAGAACUAGUCGAUCGUUACUACAGAGGCGAGGCAAAGGACGCCGCCAUUGAGAGCGCCCUCGUUUGUAUUUCACAGUUCACUCAUUUCUUUGGUGCUUUCGAGGAGAGAACACCCUCAUAUAUUCCGCAUAAUGCAGACGCACGGUUGGUCGGCCUAUGUACCGGUUUAAUUGCUGCCGCCGCGGUCGCUUCUUCAGAUUCCCUUACCGCCCUUCUUCCGCUCGCAGUCGAAGCAGUACGAGUUGCCUUCCGGGCGGGUGCUCUUGUGGGCAAAGUGGCAGAUCAGAUUGAAUGUGACUCUAAGCCUCAGUCAUGGUCGACAAUCGUGGCGGCGGACGAAAAGUCGGCGCAAGGAGCUUUGGACGCGUUCCACAAAGAGAAGGGCACGUCCCCAACAAACAAGCUGUGGAUCAGCGCCUCUUCUGCGACUUCAGUCACCAUCAGCGGCCCGCCAUCGACAAAGAACUCGCUUUUCGAGGACUCGGAAUUCUUCCGCACGCAUAAAAACGCCCCAGUCUCCAUCUUUGCGCCCUACCACGCGUCACACCUGCAUUCACUGGCGGACCUGGACAAGAUCCUCCGACCACAAACCAAAGCCAUAUUCGGCAACACCACAGUCAGAUACCCUGUCUGCUCCAGUGUUACUGGCAAACCAAUUCCCGCACAGAACGGGUUCGAGCUUCUCCAGGGAGCCCUGAGAGAAAUUGUGAUUGAGCCGCUCCGAUGGGACAAGGUCUUGAAAUACUGUGCCUCUGGCAAGGCUGAGGAAGCCAAAGUUUUUGCCGUCGGUCCGACCAACCUCGCCAGCAGCGUCGUUUCCGCCUUGAAAGCCAAUACUCCCAAAGUCACUCUCGAGGAUCAAUCACACUGGGCCACUGUUGCCCCUGCUGGAACGAAACAUUCCAAGAAAGAAGCUGAUAUUGCCAUUAUUGGAUACUCAGGCCGAUUCCCUGACGCUGCGGAUGCAGAGCUCUUCUGGCAAUUGCUCGAGAACGGUCUCGAUGUCCACCGACCAGUUCCUCCGGACAGGUUCCCAGUCGAUUCCCACACUGACCCGACAUCGAAGAAGAAGAAUACAUCGCACACUCCCUUCGGGAACUUCAUUGAGAAACCCGGCCUAUUUGAUGCUAGAUUCUUCAAUAUGUCCCCGCGAGAGGCUGCACAGACCGAUCCCAUGCAAAGACUGAUGCUGGCCACUGGCUACGAGGCGAUGGAAAUGGCUGGCAUCGUGCCAGGUCGAACCCCGUCCACCAAACACGACCGAAUCGGUACUUUCUACGGCCAAACCUCCGACGAUUGGCGUGAAGUCAACGCCGCCCAGGACAUUGAUACAUACUUCAUUUCCGGGGGCGUACGUGCCUUUGGUCCAGGUCGUAUCAACUACUUUUUUAAGUUCUCUGGACCUAGCUUUUCGGUUGAUACCGCAUGCUCUUCCAGCUUUGCUGCUAUGAAUGUUGCCAUCACGUCGCUCCGAGCAAACGAGUGUGACACAGCAUUCACCGGUGGUGCCAAUGUGGUCACCAAUUCCGACAUUUUCUCCGGACUCAGCAGGGGUCACUUCCUGUCAAGGACAGGAUCAUGCAAAACUUGGGAUAACGACGCCGAUGGUUACUGCCGAGGUGAUGGCGUCUGCACAGUCAUUAUGAAACGGCUGGAAGAUGCUCUUGCCGACCGCGACCCGAUCUUGGGUGUUAUUCGCGGAAUUGGCACAAACCACUCGGCAGAAGCCGUUUCGAUCACGCAUCCUUGUGCGGAGAACCAGGCCUUCUUGUUCGACAAGGUGCUCAAGGAAUGCAACGUCCACUGCAAUGAUGUCAACUACGUGGAGAUGCACGGAACUGGUACACAGGCGGGAGACGGUAUCGAAAUGGAAUCGGUGUCCUCGGUGUUCGCACCCCGGCAAGGUCGCAGACGACCAGAUCAGCCAUUGUACGUCGGAGCUGUCAAAUCCAACAUUGGUCAUGGUGAGGCCGUUUCGGGCGUCUCUGCGCUCAUCAAGGUUCUUCUGAUGCUCCAGAAGAGCAAGAUCCCGCCUCACACCGGCAUCAAGAAGCAAAUGAACAAGAACUUCGCACCUGACCUGAAGGAGCGCAACGUCAACAUCGCUUUCCAGACCACGCCAUUCCUUCGACCUGCUGGUGGCAAGCGUACUGUGUUUAUCAACAACUUUAGUGCGGCUGGUGGUAACACAGCUAUGCUUUUGCAGGAUGGUCCUGAAGUUCCCAAGGAGCCGACCUCGGAUCCUCGAUCCACUCAAGUGGUUACCGUCUCCGCGAAGUCCUUGGCUGCUUUCAAGAAAACAAUUGCCAAAUACGAAGAGUAUCUGAACAAGAACUCCAAUGUCGGUCUUACCGACCUGGCUUACACCGUGACUGCUCGCCGAGCACACUACAACUAUCGUGCUGCCUUCCCUGUGCAGUCCAUCGCCCAACUGCAGGCUGCCUUGAAAGCCACUCAAGAUCAGACCCACAACCCCAUCCCUCUCGCCUCACCUCAGAUUGCAAUGGCAUUCACCGGUCAAGGUUCGCAGUACACCGGCAUGGGUCAGAAGCUCUUUGAGACUUCCAAGCAAUUCCGUGGCGACAUUGAGGAAUUCAACGACAUCGCUCUGCGUCAGGGUCUGCCGUCGAUCAUGCCUCUCAUCGACGGAUCAACUGAGGUUCAGCAUCUGCCACCCACAGUGGUUCAGCUCGGAAUGUGUUGUAUCCAAAUGGCUCUCACACGUCUUUGGGCAACAUGGGGUGUUACUCCAAGUGUUGUGAUUGGUCACUCGUUGGGCGAGUAUGCUGCCCUCCAAGCUGCCGGGGUUCUGUCUGUUGCCGACACCAUCUAUCUGGUCGGAAAGCGUGCCCAGCUCCUGGAGCAGAAAUGCACUGCAGGCACUCAUGCCAUGCUGGCUGUCCGAUCACCAGUGGCGGGUCUGCAAGAUGUCGUCGCCAACAGCCAAGGAAAGAUUGAGAUUGCUUGCAUUAACGGUGUCUCCGAUACUGUGCUCUCUGGCACUAUGGGCGACAUCGACGCAGUUGCUCAAAAGUUGGCUGAUGCUGGCCAGAAAUGCACUAAGCUUAAGUUGCCGUUUGCAUUCCACUCGUCUCAAGUCGAUCCCAUUCUCGCAGACUUUGAGAAGUUGGCAUCGUCAAUCAAAUAUCACCCGCCUCGGGUUCCAGUCAUCUCCCCUCUAUUGAGCGACAUCGUCAACGUCGGCGGCGUGUUCGACGCCUUCUACCUCAGCAGACAUUGCCGCAAGACCGUCGACUUUGUUGGUGGCCUCUCUGCUGGUAUGUCCACUGCCACAAUCAGUGACACCUCUCUGUGGCUCGAAGUUGGCGGUCAUCCUCUGUGCGCUAGCAUGAUUAAAUCCUGCCUGUCUGCACCAACACUGCCGACCAUGCGCCGUGACGAAGAUCCAUGGAAGAUCAUCUCGACAUCCAUGGCUGGUCUGUACACUGCUGGUAAGGCUCUCAAUUGGGAUGCCUUUCACAAGGAGAACGAGGCUCUUCGCGUCCUGAACAAUUUGCCAUCCUACGGUUUUGAUGAAAAGAAUUAUUGGCUCCAAUACACUGGGGAUUGGCUAUUGUACAAGGGCGAUUACCCCAAGGCCAUUGCUCCUGCCGCCGCGGCUCCUGUGGCAGCUGGUCCAGCGAAGGCUAGGAAGUACCUCUCCACUGCUGUGCAAGGCAUUGUCUCAGAAGAAGUUAAGGGCAAGGUUGCAACCAUCAUCGCUGAGUCCGACUUCUCGCAUCCCAAAUUGUUCCCUGUCGUUGCAGGCCAUUUGGUUAAUGGCAGUGGCCUAUGCCCAUCGACAUUGUACGCUGAUAUGGCGUACACCUUGUGCAACUAUGGUGUGAACCUGAUCAAACCUGGUGAAAAAGUUGACAUCAACAUUGGCACCAUGGACAAUCCUGCCCCCCUGUUGCUCAAGAACAUCAAUGAACCAGAAAGCCAAAUUGUGCGCAUGACCAUGAAGAUUGAUCUCGACUCCAGAAAGGCAGACUUCACUGUCACCACCAACAAUGGUAAGAAGGAUGUCAUCCACGCCAAAUGCGUUCUUCGUUUCGAAGAUGCCGCUGCCUGGAAGGAAGAGUGGAACAAGGUAUCUUACCUCGUACAAUCCAGAAUCGACAUGCUCAAGCACAAGAUGGAAAAUGGCGAGGCGGACAAGGUCAGCCGCUCGAUGGCCUACAAACUCUUUGGUGCUUUGGUCGACUACUCUGAUGUCUUCCAGGGCAUGCAGAGCGUAAUCUUCGACGGUCCGGAGUUUGAGGCAACUAGCAACAUUAAAUUCCGCGCUGGUCCCAACGAUGGUGACUUUUACUUCAGCCCGUACUUUAUCGACAGCGCCUGCCAUCUAUCCGGUUUCACAGUCAACGCCACUGUCAACCGUAUGGAGGAAUGCUACAUCUCACACGGGUGGGGCAGCCUUCGAUUCCUUGCUCCGCUCGAGCACGACAAGCAGUACUUUGCCUACGUCAAGAUGCAGCCUGUUGCGGGAAGCAAGAUGCGAGCUGGCGAUGUCUAUGUCUUCAACUCAAGCAAGGAAAUUGUUGGUGUCGCCGGAGCUGUUCGCUUCCAAUGCAUUCCUCGCAAGUUGAUGGAUGUCAUGAUGCCCAAGCCGAAGGCCGGUGCUAAGGCUGCUGCUUCUCCAGCCUCUGCUCCUGUCAAGGAGUCUCGUGCUGUCAAGGCUCCCACCCCGGUUGAUUCUGCUGCUCCGUCUCGCAUCGAACUGCCAGCUCCCAAGGUGAAGGCCAAGAAACCUGCCAAGACCCCUAAGGUCAAGGCUCCUGCACCUUCCAAGUCUGCACCUUCCUCUGGAAGCCUUGUCGUUCGCGCUUUCGACAUCAUCGCCAAGGAGAUCGAUGUUGAUCAAUCUGAACUGAAUGAUGACAUCCAAUGGGCCGAUAUGGGCGUGGACAGCCUUAUGUCCUUGACCAUCUCUGGUAAAUUCCGUGAAGAUCUUGACCUCGAGGUUGACAACACCCUCUUCACUGAUCACGCCUCGGUUGGUGCUCUUCGCAAGCACCUGAGCGGCAUGUCAGUACCAGAAGCAGCUACAGGUGGUGAUGCUAGCUCCGUCGAAUCGACCGACUCCGGCUCUGAAAGCGACGACGAAACUGUCGAGUCUGGCAUCACGACCCCAGAGACAGAGGACUUCCCAGCCAAGCCACAAGAUCAAGGCAAAUCUGCUGCCGUCGAAGCUGUGGCCCAAGCACCGUCAGCUGCGGGUGGUGAUAUGAUCGAAACCAUUCGACAGGUUAUUGCCCAGGAAAUGGAGAUGGAUCUCGCCGAGAUCACUGAGACAACUGAUCUUAGUAACUUGGGUAUGGACUCUUUGAUGGCUCUCACCGUACUCGGAAAGCUCCGCGAGGAUCACGACAUCGAUCUCGAUCCCACGAUUCUUGCUGACAACCCGUCUCUUGGUCAUUUGCGAAAGGCCCUUGGUCUCGAAAAGCCCAAGGUUGCCCCUCCUACAGCUCAGAAGCACGAAGUCAGAACCAGCGUUGUUGUUGCCCCCGCUGCUCCUCCAGUCGAAGUGGUUGUUCAAAUGCCUCCUGCUACCUCGGUGUUGCUCCAAGGUAACCCCAAGACAGCCACCAAGAACCUUUUCUUGUUCCCUGACGGCUCGGGCUCGGCCACCUCGUACGUCUCGAUCCCGGCCAUCGACAGCAAGAACUUGGCAGUCUACGGUCUCAACUGCCCCUUCAUGAAGGAUCCCACUAGCUACACUUGUGGUAUUGAAGGUGUUUCCAAGCUGUACCUCGAGGAAGUGAUGCGCCGACAGCCGAUGGGCCCUUACAUUCUCGGUGGUUGGUCAGCUGGAGGUGUUGUCGCCUACGAAGUCACCCGACAGCUCAGUGACUUGCAGAAGCUGCAUCCGGACAGGAACUACACUGUAGAGAAGUUGAUUCUGAUCGACUCGCCCUGCCCCAUCCGGCUCGAGCCCCUGCCAGCCCGUCUGCACCACUUCUUUGACGAGAUCGGUCUUCUGGGAACUGGUACUGGCAAGACCCCUAACUGGCUGUUGCCUCACUUCGAGUACAGCAUCAAGGCAUUGACUGCCUACCGACCAGAAUUGAAGUCGACUCACGAUUUCAAGGCGCCUCCAACGUUGUUAAUCUGGGCAACGGACGGUGUCUGUGGCAAGCCAGGCGACCCACGACCUCCGCCACAAGCGGAUGAUCCCAAGAGCAUGAAGUGGCUCUUGGAGAACCGAACUGACUUCGGCCCCAACGGCUGGGACAAACUUUUGGGACUGGAUGUCUGUAAGAUGGUCACGGUGGUCGGGAACCACUUCACGAUGAUGAAGCCUCCAGUGGUAAGUGAAAGGCUUCCCCAGCACGAAGCACUGUACAUGUUCUGA